UGUAAAUAAACAACAUUCACGCGGUUUAAUUUUGAAUGCUACUUUGAGAUAAGCGGGGUUUUUUUUUGUCAUGGAAAAAAAUCACAUUUUAUGACAUAUAUUUUCAUCAUAUUUUUAAAAGUGUUUUAAAAGUAAUGAGUUUUCCUACUAUACAGAAAAACCAAAUAUAUUGUAAACAAGGAGCAGUCCGUGCUGUUCGUUUCAAUGUUGAUGGCAAUUAUUGUAUGACAGCUGGUGCAGACAAAUCUGUAAAACUUUGGAAUCCUUAUAAACAAACUUUGCUUCAGACUUAUAUGGGACAUGGCUAUGAAGUACUGGAUGUUCAAUCUUCUGCAGAUAGUUCCCAUAUUGCUUCUGCUGGGAUGGACAAAUGUGUGUUUUACUGGGAUGUAAGCACUGCUCAAAUUGUGAGAAAAUUCAGAGGUCAUGCAAGUUACAUUAAUGCAGUGAAAUUCAAUGAAGAAUCCACUGUCAUUCUGUCUGCUUCUGUAGAUAACACAGUUUGUGCUUGGGAUUGUAGAAGCAAAUCUCGUGAACCUAUACAGAUUCUUCGAGAUGCCAAGGACUCGGUUACAUCGCUUUCAGUUUCUGAUCAUGAAAUAUUGACAGCAUCUUUGGAUGGAUGUAUUCGGAGGUACGAUCUUCGAAAGGGACAGAUGCACCAAGAUGACUUGGGAUGUCCUCUGAACUGUGUAACUUUCACAAAAGAUGGGCAGUGUAUGUUGACAAGCUGCUUAGAUAAUACAUUGCGACUUGUUGAUAAAGAUGGCGGUGAAGUCCUUUCAGAGUAUACUGGCCAUAAAAAUGAAAGCUACAGAGUAGACAGUUGUCUAAACAAUACAGAUUCACUUGUUGUGUCUGGAUCUGAAGAUGGUUGCAUAUAUGCUUGGGAUUUAAUCGAAGGAACUAUCAAGCACACUCUGAAACAUAAGGGUCAUAAAGUUGUACAUUCAAUUGCAUUUCAUGCCUCCAAACCUGUGAUGAUUACUGCAGCAGAAGCAAAUGUGUAUCUGUGGUUAGAUCAGGAUGAAAAGAGCGAAGACGAAGACGAUGAUGAUAAAUAAAUUAUAUUUUUAUUAAA